AUGCUUAUCCCUCGUCAGUGGCAGGGGAAAAUCGGUCACUUCAUACUGGCAGUGCUUCCCCCAUGCAAUUUCCUCACUCUUCAUUAUGCAUAUUUCAUCGCCACGGGCCUCACAGCCAGUAUCAUCUUCUAUCUGACCUCAACUCCAUGGCGCAGCGUGGCAUACAUUGACUCCCUGUUUAUGUGCGUCAGCGCUAUGACCGGUGCAGGCUUGAACACGGUGGAUCUGUCAACCUUGAACAAUUUCCAACAAGCAAUCUUAUUCCUGAUGCUGAUCAUGGGCCAUGCCGUAUUGAUCUCCCUGACGGUAUUGCUCGUGCGUAAGAGAGCCUUCGAGGCAAAGUUCAAAGGUGUCUCCGAUGAACGAAGGCAGGCGGCCUCGCGCCGCCACUCGGUCAUUGAAUUACAGGGCGAUCGGGAUGCUGUACCCGGUAGCACGGGCGUUGAUCUCCUGGAAGCCGAACAGGGUUGUAAGCCACGACCUAAGACUGCAGUCACAGUGAAAGAGGCAUCGGGGAGCUCAGCACCCCGUGAAGAACCAUGGGUAGACGAUGAUCAGAUCACAGUGGGAGAUGCAACCCGCCACCAUCACCACCGUGUCUUUCCCAUGGCUGGGAUUGGCGCCAGACCAGAUCUCAAAAAUCAUCCCCGGGAUGCAGUCCCUAACGUACCGUUGCACGACACAGCUUCGGUGUCUGGGUUCAAGGGAAUUCUGCGCGGCACACAGAAAUUCACAAAAGGCCUCGUUUCCCGCAACUCUCAGUUCCAUGAUCUUACUCCCGCUGAGCGUGAUGAGCUGGGCGGAGUGGAGUACAAGGCUGUCUCAUUCUUGUGUGUGGUUGUGUUUCUUUAUUGGGCGCUCUUCCUCGUAUGUGGCAUCGUUGGUAUGGGUGGCUUCCUAGAAGUUAACCAUCCUGAUGUGACGCGCUCCAAUGGACUCACUCCUUUUUGGACUGGUGCUUUCUUUGCUGUUUCUGCUUUCGUGAACAGUGGCAUGUCCCUCCUGGAUGCUAAUAUGACCGCUCUGCAGCUCAAUGCCUAUCCGCUGUUGACCAUGGGAUUGUUGAUUCUCGCGGGAAAUACCCUUUAUCCAUGCUUCCUGCGGUUUAUCAUUUGGACGAUGAGAAUCAUGCUUCCGGAUCAGCCAAGGUGGCAGUCAUGGCGCAUAACUCUGGAUUUCAUAUUGGAACACCCCCGGAGGGUGUACACAAACCUUUUCCCUGCUCGCCACACGUGGUAUUUGUUGGGCACAAUCAUCAUCCUGAACGGUAUUGACUGGGCAGGAUUCGAGUUGCUGUCCAUUGGAAACAAAGAUAUUGAAAGCCUUCCUACAAAGUACCGCGUAUUGGAUGGACUUUUCCAAGCCCUAGCGGUACGCGCCGGUGGAUUCUACGUGGUAACAAUCGCCAACCUUCGUCAGGGUCUUCUGGUCCUUUAUGUGCUCAUGAUGUACGUCUCUGCGUACCCAGUCACACUCACCAUGCGUAACACAAACGUCUAUGAAGAACGCUCACUGGGCAUCUACGCACACGACGAAACUGCCGACGAACCUGCAAACACAACUCGCAGCAACGUCUUAAUGGACCUCAUCCGCCACCACCUUGGUCGACCAGGUCCACACGAGACCUCUCGUGGCUAUUUCGUGCACCAGCAGCUUCGCUCUCAGCUCAGCCACGACCUUUGGUGGAUUGCAUUGGCUGUGCUGUUCAUCGCGAUUCGCGAGUCAGACCAUUACGAAAACCAGCCGGUUGCAUUCUCAACAUUCAAUAUCAUCUUCGAGGUUGUUUCGGCAUACGGCUGCGUUGGAGUCAGUCUGGGAUUCCCAGGGAAGAAUUACUCGUUCUGUGGUGCCUGGCAUCUAGUCAGUAAGUUGAUUCUUGUUGCUGUGACGUUGCGUGGACGGCACCGUGGACUACCGGUUGCUAUUGAUAAAGCGGUGAUGUUGCCCAGUGAGUCGUUGGCUUGGGCUGAGGAGGAAGAUGCUGUUUUGCGUAGGGACAGAUCCAGGGCUUGGGCCCAGGAGCGUGGGCCUGUUGGGUGUGUUUAG